GCACGACAGGUGCGGCGCUAUUCAUACUGCACUGCGCCCGCGCCGCCCGCCCGCCAGAGAGCUUGUGUAGUGCGUUAAAGUGGCCUGUUCGUGCGGCUAUAUGUGAAGAAGUUUGAGAAGUGUAUGUACCCCGUACAAUUGUUUACAUUUCAGUGUUUGUCGAGGUCCUUAUGAGUUCACCACAAUGAUCACUUUGAGAACUGAUUAAUUACAGAUUAAUAAGUGAUACUUUAAUGGUUCAUGAGGGUUAAGUACCAUGGACAUACAAGGACUUCAAUUGCGCGAUGGAACGUAAUAUUUCUGGCUCGUGAAUAAUACUGCGCUGCCUUAGACUGGCUUUCCACUUCAGCUUCAAGUUCAGUUGAAGUGAUUACAAAGCAAUGAAAGGUCAUUCUAGUGAUGUAAUGACCGCUGACCCCAACAAGCAGACUUUCCCACUCAUCACAGGGGGAGGGGCAACUCUUCCAUCCCUCCCCGACGAUGCCCCGUCCUCCCCUUCAAAGGAAAUGGAAUCUCUCUCAUCCAACAGCAAGGCUUCGAUAGAGCUGCCGAGACUUCUCCACGCCAGAGAAGAGCUGCCUCCCCCUCCUCCAUCUGGAAGGGGAGAUGAUAAAGCUUUGAAGCCAAGCCUUCCAUUGGUGAGGAAAACUCGCUACAAACGUUGUGGAACUCCACCGGAUCCAGACCGAGACCAAUUGGCUGAAAGGUUCAAUGUCAAAGAUACUUUACCAUAUCAGACAUCAAAAUUCAGGUCUUCAACCAUCAUGAGGUCUGUAUCGAUUCAGAAGAAGAAAGAUUCAUCUCGUCUUGCCAUCAAAUCAACGCCCUUCUCUCUUGAGAAACAGAGAGCUGUCGCUAUUCAUACGGAACCAUUCUUGUGGUCACAAGUAGAACAGAGUGAUAGACCAGUAGAAGGACAGAGUUUACCAGAGAAGUUUCUUGCCGAGAAGGAGCGGCUCUUUAAGGUCAGAGGUCAAAAGAGACGAAUGGCCAAUCCCGUUCACAGACAAAAGUACAGUGACCUUCAUAUUGGAGGUCACUCUCAUAGCUUGUCACAAAAAUUAGAUUAUCGUGAAGAGUAUGAUAAAGUAAAGAAUGCUGUCCUUCCGAGGGAAGCCCAAGAUCUGUUUCUUGGUCGAGGCCUCACUUUUCCAAGCUCCCAUGGGACAAAUGUUCGCAAGGAGAAAUGGCAGGAAAGAAUCAAGCGAGAGGCUUCCCUCCCAAACUCUGCUCCUCCCACGAUACCCACCCACAAAGAGUCUCUGCCAGCUAAGGAACCUGCACCACGAAAACAAAGUAUUACAGCGCCCUCAGUGGCGAGACAAAGGACAGAGCGAAAACAAGAUGUCGAUCCUCAACACGUACCUCCAACCGUUCAUAGAACUUCUUUUAAACCAAAAAUGAAUCGGCGAGAUCUGCGACAUGAUGAUUCCGGUGUGAGCACGGCUGACGGUUCGACUGUUCGUGGGUCAAGAGCGGAAUAUAGAUCAUCAGGUCAGAGGUCGCAUGGUGGAAGUGGGGGUGCACAGAAACUUGAGAGAGUGACAAAAGAAGGAUCUUGCCAACAGAGGAGACGUUUACCAAGUGGAGGACAAAUGGAGGAUAUAGUAACAGAAAGCAUUGAAGGUGAAAAUGAAGGCAGGAGUGAGGAGGGAGAUGAGGAGAGGAUGGAAACGGAAGAGAGAGCUCCUGAAGAAUCGGUCAGUGGCCUGGAGGAGAUCACAUUAGACCAACCUGAUGAUGCCACCAAUGAUAUUAGCUUGCCACGCCCUGAUUCUGAGAUGGACAUUGAUGAGCCUGUGGACGAAAGCUGCGCCCCUGUAGGACCGGUCCUUGAGGAGCCUUACACCCCUAAGCCCCCCUCACCGAAUCCCCUGAUGUCUGCUGACCUUCAUCUUAACAUCACUGCGGAGAAACGAGACGAGCUGGCUCUCAAGUUCACCAAGCUAGACUCGGAUAAAGAUGGACAUAUCACCUUCAAAGAGCUUGAGACAACAUUUCCAGAUAAUUUAUCCAGAGCUCAACAGAGAUAUAUCAAGGAGGCUUAUGAGCUGGUCAGUGCAAGUACAUUCUUUGGUUUAGAAGAGUUUGUUACGAUUAGUUGCCUUUGUGAGAGACUAGCCAAGCUGACCGGCCCAGUCAGGGAUGCAUUUGAGAAGAUCAACCAAUCCAUGCUUCAACAAAACAUUACUCAGUUUGUGGUGAUGUUUUCUACUGUGGACAGGCAGCAGACUGGCUGCAUCAGCCUAGAUUCCUUCAGAGAGUUACUUGGAACAUUACUGAAUAAGGAUCUAACCUCCAACUCCAGGCUUUUCAGUGAUAUCUUAUCAACCAUUGGCAAGAAUGGAUCGUUGUCAAUUGACAAGGUAGAAUACCUGGUCUUCAUUCCAUACUUCCUCACGUUCAAGUGAACAAAGCAUCCCUUCCAAGAGCAAUGGUAUGGUCUUCUCCUGCAGUUUACCAAUGAUGCUUAUGGGUUCUUCCAUCAUUAAGAAGGGUAGUGCAAGAUGUGGUAGUGUCUCCACAGUGAACAUGUUAUGUUUUACCUGUCAAAAGGUCCAUAUAUUCAUUUAUACUUCCUCACAUUCAAGUGAACAAGACACCCCUUCAGGGAACAAUGGUAUGGUCUUCUCCAGCAGUUUACCUUUGAUGCUUGUGGGUUCUUCCAUCAUAUAAAAGGGUGGUGUAAGAUAUAAUUUUGUCACCUGAGUGAACAUGUUAUGUUCUACCUGUCAAUAUGUUUAUGCAUUUAAUUAUACUUCAUCACAUUCAAGUGAACAAGACACCCCUUCCAGGAACAAUGGUAUGGUCUUCUCCAAAAGUUACCUAUGAUGCUUGUGGGUUCUUUCAUCAUAUUAGAGGGUAGCGCAAUAUACAGAGUUGUCAUCAAAGUGUAUGUUUUGUGUUUACCUGUCAAUACUUAGGCAUGUGUAACAGGGAGCUUUUGAAUUAGGGUAGAAGUAGUGCAGCAUAGAGAAUAGAAAUAUUGAGCAUGGUGGAAUGCAACUUCCCUCAGCCAAAAGUUUUAUUUGCCACUCUCCACCCAGGUGUAUACAAAGUCGGAACCUGUAGGAAGGAAUUUUGUAAAUGCUCAAGCACCCGAUCCGGGUAGCCAUUCUAAAGAUAUAAUAGUAAGCUGUGCUAAGACAUAUUGUACUCGAUCAGGGGGAAUAGGGCACUGUCUUCUCUGUAGAAGCCUAUGUAAGAUAAAAGAAUCAGUAUUCUGCAGGUUAAUGGUAUUCUAUAUUUUGCAUCCACCAUUAUCAGGGUUCUUCCAUUUUCGAUUCAGGGUUCAUCGUCAUGAAUAUUGCGCUUUCUUACAAAUCUUUAUGCAGGUCUUAUUCCUUCCAGAACUUCCCAUUUAACCAAGUCAAUGCUUAUGUACAUGUAUUACAACAUAAAUUCUAUUGAUGUAAUUUGAGGAAAUAUCAUAUCCAAUUUUUAUUCAUGUACUUCAAAAAACAACCUGUUCUGCAAAUAUGAUUACAAUUAAAAUAGAUGAUGCUUCAAUGAAUGAUCCCAAGAACAUGGGAGAGGCUGAACUAUGCGAACCUAGACUGAAGAGUUUAUAAUUAUUUUAGAUCGUUCAAUCAUUUUUAUAAUACAAGAAGAUAUGGUAUUAUAAAAAUUGAAGAAAUUAGGACCAGUUAAGAUGAAAAAUAAAGUUAUUAAGUUCAUGUUUUUUACCAGAUGUGUUAAAAAAUUUGUUGAAUGUUGUAUUUAAUGCUUAUAUAUGUUAAUAGUGCCAUCAAUUAUUUUCCACUUGCAAUAUUCAUAUAUGCUUGAUCCGUCCAGAAACUUGAAAGAAAUAUGAAUAGAAAACUUUGUAUUUUUUUUAAAAUGAAAGUUAUAUAUUCCUUAUAACGAGUAAGAAUCAACUGUCUUUAUGUAUUUGAACAAAAUACAAAUAAUUGUUAAAAAUAAUUUUGAUGACUGUUUGUGUAAAUGUGUAGCAAUAUCCAGGUUUUGAAUUUUUUCACAUUUGUCAAUCUUUGCACUCUUAACCAUUACCAAAAUUUUUGUAUAUUUUUUGGCAUUUUUGGUAUAUUUGUCAAAAUUGAAAUCAAUAUAAUAACAUGUAUUUCUGUCUUUAUGUCUAAUUACUAUGAAUUGUCACAACACAAACACCGCAUGGGAUUUCUUUCAUAAUUGUCAUGACUGAUGCAUAUUGCAAGAUUGUGAACGAACGGAACCUGAUUUCUUUGAAGAGUAUGAGUUAUUACUAACACUCUUCAUUAUAAAUGUUAAUUAUGAGGUCAAGAAGACCUCUUCACAUGUGUUGUGAUAAUGGAAUAUGAAGUAGAUGUAGUAUAUUGGGUAGAUUAAAUUAUUUAUAUUUUUACUGGAAUAAUGUAUAAAUACUGGCCGGGCUGCAUGCUAUUUUCUUUCUGGGGCCCGUAACACAUAACUUAGCAAUGAUCGUAGAACAUUUUUUUUGCAAUUGAUUCCAUUGACUACAAUGUACAAUCAAUCGUGAAAAUCAAGCAUACAUGUACUAUCAAUCGCUAACCUUUGUGUUACGGGACACUGGUCUUCAUUUUCUAUGUACAUGUAUUUAAAAAACACUAAAUCACCUUGAAAAAAAAUGUUUCUUUAAGAAAGACUUUUUGCCCCUUUGAAAUAUUCUGAAAUACAUUACUUAAACUUGAUAUAUUUAUAUAUGUAUCUUGGGGGACAUUUCAUGAAGGUUUUUGUAAGUUAUGCAUGACUUUCGGUACAUCUGUUGACCCUUUUUUGUGCUAGAUGAUAUAUCCCUAUGUAGGUGACUUAGCAUCUAAGAACAUGUUAACGGUCAUGCAUACAAUUGUGCAUAAAGUUGUGAGUAAAGUUGGGUGUAAAGUUGUGCAUUACUUUAAAACAGCUUUAUGGAACUCCACCCUGCCUUUGUAAAUAAUUGAUGUUCAAAAGUUGAUCACUGAUCCACAUGAUGUAGAGUAAGUAAUCUGACACAGGGCAUUGGGAAUACCAUGUAUAUUAUUUUCCAUUCUCCUAAAUGAUCAUUUUAUAUAAGUAAUUUGGAAGAAAUUAUGUAAAUGUGAUGUGUGUCACAUGUAAAAUUGUGUGUGAGUGUAAUGGACAAUGAUCGAAGCGUUGCAUUUUUGGCCUUCCUUUGCAUGAAGUGCAUUGACAGAAAUGCUGUAUUAUUUAUGAUUUACAGUAUCAGCGUGAUGGCUAAAUCUGUGUGAAAUACAAAGAUUAUGAUCAAAAUGGGUGAAAUAAAAUAAUGUGUGUUGGUCAUGUGUGAAUUUUGCUUAAUGGAUUGUCUUCUUUCUUUGAAUGUCUUUAUAAAUAGAUAUUAUAAAUAAAUAAAAUAUAUAAAUAUA